AUGGUUGAGCAAGUGAUGAGUGUUCCUCCGGUGUUAGCGGAGGAGAUGUGUGUCACUGCGUCUCCUGGGUUGACGGAUACACUUUGCGUGGAGGCUGGGGAGCGUGCGGAUCCGGUGACGGGUGCGAUGUUGACGCCUUUGUACCAGUCCACUGCGUACAAGCAGGAGUCGGUGGAGCGUUACCAGGAAACAGGUUAUACAUACUCGCGUGCGGCGAAUCCUACGGUGGCGGCGUUUGAGGCCCGUGUGGGUGAGAUGGAAGGGGCCAAAUUGCCAGCCGUCGUUUUCAACAGCGGCAUGGCAGCAAGCAAUGCUUUAUUUGCAACCUUCCUGAGCUCUGGUGAUCACGUCAUCAUUACGCGUUGCUCCUACGGCGGUACGAAUCGUGCCGCACGUGUGUUAUGGCAGAACCAAUUUGGCGUAGAGGUAUCCUUUGUCGAUUUCACCGAUCUCAAAGCCGUCGAGGCUGCGAUUCAACCCGGUCGUACCCGUCUCGUGUUAUCUGAGACCCCCUGCAACCCAGUGCUCGAACUCGCCGACCUCCAAGCCAUUUCCGACCUCUGCCGGAAACACAGCACCGUUGUCAACCAAGGCGCAGUAGACGUCCAGGAGGAGGGCUCGGGACCGUCUCGGACGGUAUUCCAAGGUCGUAUUUUGCACGUAGCGGACUCUACAUUGGCUCCUCCCCCAGUUAUGAGGGGACUCGACUUUGGAGUGGAUGUGUUGCUGGUUUCCUUAACCAAGUUCUACUGCGGGCACAACAUGCACUUGGGAGGAGCACUGGUCACUAACGACCCAGCGCUACACGAACAUCUAAAAUUCAAACAGAACGUAAUGGGCUCAAUUUUGAAUGCGAAUACGGCCUUCUCCAUGAUGCAGACGUCCAAGACAAUGAAUUUGCGACUCCGCAAACAGAGCGAAAAUGCCAUGAAGAUCGCCAUCUGGUUAGAGAAGCACCCCAAAGUACUCUGGGUCCGCUACCCCGGGCUGCCCAGCCACAGCCAGUAUGAUAUCGCGAUGAAACAACACACUCACGGCAUACAUGGCAGUAUGGUCGCCUUCGAAGUCCGUGGCGGCACUGCCGCUGGCCGCCUUGUCAUGAACGCCUGCACACCCCCCUGGACCCUCGCGGAGAACCUAGGGGCCAUCGAGUCAAUCAUGACAUGCCCUGCCGUCUUCACACACUCCAACAUGACUAAAGCUGCACGUGAAGCGGCUGGCAUCACAGAUGGUAUGAUUCGUCUCAGCGUCGGCAUCGAAGACGCUGACGACCUCAUCCAGUCUUUGGACCGUGCGAUCAACGCUGUCCCCGACCUGGGUGCUUGA